AUAAUAAUAAUUAUUUCCUAUUCAUUGUAUCUCUGAAGGCUAGAAGGGCAGUGACGAUCGAGCGAGACGACGGCGGGCACCUAGGCCAGCGACGGCGUGCACCUAAUUAACAAACCAGUCUCAUCACACACACGCUGACAUCUCAGAGUGUAGGGCUAUCCUGAAAUGGGUUGGAAAGCAGCUGAGAAACUCAUUAGGAACUGGAAAAUUGUCAGAGGGGACAAUGUUAUGAUUAUAAGAGGCAAAGAUAAGGGUGAGACUGGCCUUAUUAAGCGUGUCAUUCGCUCGCAGAAUCGUGUCAUUGUUGAGGGUAAAAAUCUGGUAAAGAAGCAUAUCAAGCAAGGGCAAGGUCAUGAAGGGGGCAUCUUUACAGUUGAAGCCCCAAUUCAUGCCUCCAAUGUGCAAGUUCGUGACCCAGUGACGGGGAAUCCUUGCAAGAUUGGGAUUAAAUAUCUUGAAGAUGGAACUAGAGUCAGAGUAUCCAGAGGAAUAGGAGCAUCUGGCUCUAUAAUCCCUCGUCCGGAGAUCUUGAAGAUACGAACUACCGCAAGACCGUCAGUUCUUGGUCCCAGAGAUACUCCAAUGGAUCUUGUGGUAGAGAAGACAUAUGAUGCUAAAACAGGAAGGGGCAUGCCUGAACUUUAAGGAGAUAGGGACCUUGUUCAAAUUUGGGUACUUCCUAUCACAAAUCACAAUGAAACAAGAUAUGGUAUGAGUGCUUUACACGUUUCACUGUUUCAGGUUAUUGUGAUCCAGUUAAAUAAGCUUACAGAUUUUCUUCAUUGUUAUCUCGAAGCUAUGAACCAUUUGUAACUUUCUUUAACUUUUUAGACAUUACUGGUAGCUAGUAGAAUUUUUUCUCUUACAUUGAUAUUGACUACAUAGCUUCCAGUUAGUGAUUGUCACUGCAAUCCAUAAACUUGUAAAUUGUUAAAAUGAGUUAUUAUGUGAUUGCAUUCUGGUGAUUUAAUCAACUCAAUUGACUU